UUUUGCAGCUCGGAUAUGAUGUAACAAUUGUCCGACUUAUCGGAAGUUACAACCGAGUAACAGAGUAAACCAUAUUUAGCGCCAGUUACACUUUAAAGAUAUUAAACUUGUGACAGUUUGCUCUAUUUCACAAAAUGGCUUAUCCAGGGUACGGCGGGUAUGGGGGUCCGAUGCCAGGCAUGCCAGCUCAGGGGAUGCCGCCCCAAGGAAUGCCAGGAGGGCCUAUGGGUGGCCCCAUGGCUGGACACAUGGGUGGGCCGAUGGGAGGGGCACCACACCAAGGAGGAUAUGCCCCCUAUGGAGGAGGCUAUCCAGGCACAUACGGCGCCCCACCCCCAGCUGCCAAUGAUCCAAUGUGGAGUUACUUUACAGCCAUAGCAGGCCAGGAUGGUGAGAUCGAUGCAGAGGAGCUCCAGAGGUGUCUCACCCAGUCUGGUUUCACUGGCAGCUACACUCCAUUCAGCCUGGAGACGUGCAGGAUCAUGAUUGCAAUGCUCGAUAGGGACUUUACAGGCAAGAUGGGUUUCAAUGAGUUCAAGGACCUGUUCACAGCUCUGAACGGCUGGAAGCAGAACUUCAUGAUGUUUGACCAGGACAGGAGUGGAACUGUUGAACCUCACGAGAUGACUCAGGCGAUCACCGCUAUGGGCUACCGCGUCAGUCCUCAGGCUCUAAAUGCAAUCAUCAAGCGCUACAACAAAGGAGGAAGAAUCUUCUUUGAUGACUACGUGGCCUGCUGUGUCAAACUGCGAGCUCUCACAGAGAGCUUCAGACAGAGAGAUACCAUGCACCAGGGAUCUGUCAGCUUCCAGUAUGAUGACUUUAUCCUGUGCACAAUGGCCAUCUAAGUGGUGCUGUGUGUCCCACACCACGAGGUCACGGCAUGUAACGAACCAAUCAGCGGUGGAUUCUGGACCACUGCAGCACAGGAAUGCAAAGGGAGGCCAGUAUGUUAGACUGAGCUGCCAUGAG